AUGUUGAAAAAUGAAUUCCAAGUGAUUAGGCAUAUAUAUUAAGAUAAGGGCAUGCUAGGAUUCUAUUCUGGUUCAACUCCGAACUUCUACAGAAUGCUUUUGAAAAAUGUUUACAGAUACCCACUGAUGAUAACACUCCCUGGAUUUUUCCAGUAGAAUAUGCCAAUGCUAAAGGAUAAAUGGUUCGCUAAAUUUCUUACUGGCACCUCAAUUGCUUUGGUAGAGUCACUAAUACUUUGCCCUUUUGAAAGAUUUAAGGUAUUAUUUAUGACUUAGUCAAGCAGCUCGAGACUUGGCUAUUUAGGCUACCUUAAACUUUAUAAAAAUUAGUUAAGGGGUGAAUUAUUCAAAGGACUGACACCACUGACAGCUAGGUAAGCAAUUGCUUGGAUAAGUUUUCUAGAAGCUGAUCUGAUGAUAAAGCAACUAAUUAAAAACCAAUAUUCAAUUAAAAUAGAUGAGGUCAUUCCUACAAGAUAUUUGCUUGUUGGUUCAUUCGCUGUUGCCUUAAUAAAUACUAUGUGCGUAAUGCCCUUUGACGCCGUAAAAUCAUUUUUCUAAAAAAUUGACCCGAUCGCUAACUGGAGUGAUGCCAUCAAGUAUAUAUAUAAAGAAGCUGGAAUAAAAGGAUUUUUCGUUGGAUGGAGAUUAAGAUAUAGUAUGUACUUACUUCAUGCAGUAUUCACUGUUGAUUUAUUGGAAAAGUUAGAGCACUGGUCCAACUAACUCUACAAGAAUGAGUGA